AAGCUAUUCAAUACCAUAGAAGAAGAAAUAGGUGCUGGGAAGCAACAAGGAAUGCGGUGGAAGGGACACGCUCACAUUAGUUAACAAAAAUAAUCAAGUAGUUCAACGCAAUGUGAUGGCAGACCAGUGUUCCCGGGUGGCAGUUUUUUGUCAGAUGAAGUGCUGUGACUGUUGAGACAAAAUGGCUAACAGCAUGGACUGAAGCCAAACGGCACAGUGGGACCAGCAGAGGGUUUUUAGCGUAGAUGAAGCAUGAAGAGUCCAGUACACAGAUGCAGGGAUGUGGAGCACGGCCGGGACCACGCUUGGGCCGGGUCCAGCUUCUUGCAAGCGGAGCAACGCAUCCCUGUCUCCAAAGACGUCAUCACCGCCUCCUCCGCCUCUGCCCUGUGGUUCAUCAGGGACGCCUGCGGCAUCAUUUGUGCUGUCAUUACAUGGCUGUUGGUUGUGUAUGCAGAGUUCGUGGUGCUGUUUGUCAUGCUGCUUCCCUCCAAGAGCCUGACGUACAGCGUCGUCAACGGCCUUCUGUUCAACGCCCUGGCCUUCCUCGCUCUUGCCUCACACCUCAGGGCCAUGUGCACUGAUCCUGGGGCAGUGCCCAAAGGCAAUGCAACAAAGGAAUACAUACAAAGCCUUCAGUUGAAACCAGGACAAGUGGUCUACAAGUGUCCCAAGUGCUGCAGCAUCAAGCCUGACCGUGCACACCACUGCAGUGUUUGCAAACGCUGCAUACGGAAGAUGGACCACCACUGCCCCUGGGUCAACAACUGUGUUGGGGAGAACAAUCAAAAGUACUUUGUGCUCUUCACUAUGUACAUUGCACUGGUCUCUCUCCACGCUCUAGUCAUGGUGGUUUUUCAUUUUCUCUACUGCUUUGAAGAUGACUGGACAAAGUGCAGUUCCUUCUCUCCACCAGCAACCGUCAUCCUCCUCAUACUCCUGUGCUUUGAGGGCCUCCUCUUCCUUAUCUUCACCUCUGUGAUGUUUGGCACCCAAGUCCACUCCAUCUGUACAGAUGAAACUGGCAUAGAGCAGUUGAAAAAAGAAGAGAGAAGAUGGGCUAAAAAAACUAAGUGGAUGAACUUGAGGGCAGUGUUUGGACACCCUUUCUCCUUACUGUGGUUUAGCCCUUUCUCCACCCCCGACCAUGGGAAGGCCGAGUCAUACCAGUAUGUGGUGUGAAAGGGGACUGUGUGUCUGCAUCCCAUCCAAAGUACACACCAGCGGGUGUGACAGUCACUACGUUUACAUGCACUUUAAAGGAAAAGUCAUAUCAUCCACAAUACUUAUAUGAGACAUGAACACUUUUCUGUGCGGUCUAAAAAUCUAAAAACUGCCAAAAAAGACGCAGCUAAGAAUGCACGUAAUGGGACAUACCUAUUCCACCUAUAAAGCCUUCUGGAAACGCAGCCUGCAGCGCUUCGUUUACAUAAUGUGACCUGCAUAUUAACUAAUUUAAUCCCAGCUCAUUUUUCAAAAGACAACCCUUCAGUAGCGGCCAUUUUAGGCCAUCUUGACGGAAUAGACUCUUGUCUUUCAUCAGAAAACAGUUUGUUUCCACCCUUUUCUGUUCUUUAGUAAUCAGCUGUAGAACAUCGGUAAGUUUCAGGAAACUAUCAGUUCCUGACUAAAAAAGGGAGAAAACCAGCUUUUUGUGAAAAGAUGCAUUUCAAGCAUUACUUUCACUUUGCUACAAAUAUUGUUUGCUUUUGUGGCAGCUCAAUUAUCUAAACAACUAUACCAACAUAAACAACACAAAAAGGAUUAUUUGACAUCAAAAUAAUUUAUUUACAAACACCAUCAACCAUUUACAAUAUUCACAUUUGGGACUCGCUUGUGUGUGUGCGUGCGCAUGCGUUAAAAUUUUGUGUAUGUGUGUAUCCUUAUGCACGCUAUACACCACGCUCUCUCCCUUCCUCCUUGCUGUCGAGUGCGUUAAUACAUGCAUAAGAUCCAGGCCGAGCUCUUAUCAAAUGCACUUCUGCCACCUUGUGGACGUUUUUAUGGCUUAAAACUGCAUGAAAAGUGGUCUCUUUUAUUGUGCACUUGCAUCAUCACCUCCUUUUGCCUCUCACACAAAAAAAUGUAAAAGACGUAGAAAUACGUCUUUGGUAUUGAAUGAGUUAACCAAGCUACAGCGACAUUGUUGUCAUUAUUAUUGUUAUUGUUAUUAGCAUUGUUACUCCCAAGAACUACGUUACUGGCGUAGUGACACCUCACCACACCACAGCAGCUAGCUAUAGCCGACUAGCUACUAGCUUCACCACACACUCGCUCACAAUGCCUCAGGCCACUAGCGAAAGGUAAUGCUACAUAUUGGAGCUGCCGCCACUGCUGCUGUGUUUUGGUUUUGGGGUUUGGAAAAGUUAGCGUGCCUAAGUUGGAAAAGAAAAAAGAAAAAAAAAAGAAAAACAGGUGCAUAAAUAGAAAAACUGUUGGAAUUUCAUGAGAAUAAAGUAAAAAUAUUAUUGGAAUAAAGUCAUAAUAUUACGAAAAGAACAUUUGUGAAGAUUCUUUAAGAAGAAAGAAAUAUUCGCAAAAUGUAAAAAAAAAAAAAAAUGCAAAAGUGUAGAAAAAAGCGUGAAGUUGAUUAAUAAUGUGCUUUUUCAACUAUAUGAGAAAGCUGAGAUGAAAUAAAUAGAACUUGUUAGCAUAUGUACAUGUGUCGCUUUCUAAAAUAUCAUCCUUUCAUUUUUCAAUAUGUGGCCCUUGCUGUAGGGAGUUUGGACAACCUUGCCUUAAUUAGAUCGUGUUGGACGUCUUAAGGAUGGGAUUAACACACACGUACAUCCUGCAUGUACGGUAGAUCCCAGCUUUUUGUGGGUAUUAUGAUCCGGGACCACCCGCGAAUGAAGAAAAACAGCAAGUAAUUGAAACGGUCGUGAAGUGUCUGUCUUUGACACAGACCAGCAGAAGUUCAUCCUCCCUUACUCACGGUGCAACCAAACAACAACAUGACAAGUAACACGUGUGCAACACACAAUGUAACUGCACCGCACCAACGACGCGGGCAUCGAAAUGCACACUACCAUACGUGCAAAACAAUACUAUUUUAUACUCAUUUCCAACCUGCAAGUCCAUGUAACGUGUACUUGACAUGGCAGUGUAGCAGGAGUCCCACCGAUGAGUGCAUGGAAACGUACUGAGUGUUACGCCUCAUAGUGACCACGGACAACUCAUUGUGUGUGGACUGCUUAUUUUGUCUACUUUAUACUUUAUGUGAAAAGGGUUGCAAAGCAUUAAAACAAUACAUUUUUAUUUGUGAAUGCUUUUGAAACAACAAAACACUGAUUUGUUGGAAAUAUGGAAGAAAUAAGCACAGUUGGUAUUUGAUUGACCUAUUUGUUUUUUUUUUUAUUAUUUGUUGUAGAAGAGAGCCAAACAUAACUCCAAAUUUGCUUUCAAUCCAUAACAAGGCAUGAUCUGGCAAGUGUUAACUUUUAACUUUGAUACAGUAUAUACGGGGAAAUAAGUAAUUGACCGCUGCUGAUUUUGGAAGUUUGCACCCCCUUACAAAAAUAUGAACAUUCAGGGUAAAAAAGACUUAAGUUGGCCUGUCACAAUAUCACAUUUUGCUGGUGGAUAAUUGUGCAACAAAUUAUCGUCGAUAUUCAGUGUUACAUACAACAUUUUUUAAGACCAUCUUUUUUCAUUAAUUACGGUCAUGAGAGGUGUAAUUCACAUUUGAACCACUAGAUGGUACUCGAGUAUAGCUUUACACAGACGUUGCCUGUAUGUAUGUUUUUGCAGUGUAGCCAGCGAUGCUGUCUGUGAGCGUGCACCAUUUUGCACUGUUUGUUUAUAUUUGCCGACCAAACGCCUCAGUCAGCGUUGACUGUCGGGAUGAAGGCUCCGUUGCCCGAGCACCUCCAUUGGUAGUUUUUUUUCCUCCAGUUGACAAAACUGUCCGUGUCCCAUGUAUUCCCACAUUGGGUCUGUCAGCUGUGGCAUUCGCCUCAGAAACCAUCGCUUCUGCGCCUUCAUUCAUGUUAGCGUAUGCGGCCUCAAGAAGCUAACCCUCUGUAACCGCUCACUAGUAGCCCCGCCUCCACAAAGAGGCUGAAUGAGAUGAGGGUUCACUCUCUCCGUUCAUUCCACUAUAGAACCAAUGCACACAGACACAUGCACCCUCUUGUCAUCCAGCCUGUGCGGCACAGAGAGACAAGCAGAGGAAACACACGCAUACACGCACAUGUCAAUUUAUCCGGGGCAUUUUUUAUCCUUGGAUUAAUUGAUUCAUGGAUUAUCGUGGCAGGCCUACCUUAAGUUAUUAGUGAUGAAAUGCAUUGCAAAAUCAGCAGGGGAUCAAAUAUUUAUUUUCCCCACUGAGACAUAAAGAGUGGAACCUCGGUUAGCGAACAAAAUGUACGCCCAAAUUUUGCCUCGGUUUAUGUACGUUUUCGGGUUAGCGUCUUGUCAUGUUCUUAGUACACACUGUGUGACACCAACUGUUUUCGUCCCAAAACGUCCUCAGCUUCUAACAAAGAAGUUACAAAAUGACAACCGGAACCAGAAGUCAGCUACGUCGCCACGUCUGUGAUGUCAUCAGCGGACUCUCACCAACGUUGACACACAACACGUUUGUUGUAGUUUCACAUUAGGUGAGCACGAUAAUAAUUAUCGGGCCGAUAUGAGGAAUUAUGACAACCAUCCAUCUAUUUUCUUCCGCUUACCCAGGUCCGCAUCGCGGGUCAGCAGUCUCAGUAGGGGGCAAGCAGGCCCAAUCUAGAUUUUGGAAUUAUGACGUCAUUCCGAUAACAUUAAAAAAUACUAAAAACUAAACAGAAAUUAAUUAAAAAUAUUCCGAUAACUCUCUAAUGAGGUGAGGUCACCCGUACUGUGGCGUGUGUUACUGGGCUGAGGUGACCAAAUGGUGUGGGAAAUGAGAAGACGUUUGGUCUUCUAUUUGCACCAAAUGUUCUGCAAACAUUCCGCGAGGAGGAAAGCCAACAUGGACACAUGAAAGCCACCUGAAGUGCCACUUACCAUUAUUUGAAAGCCUGCCUGUACACUCACAUCAAGAAUCACAUCUUCAGUGAAGGUGAAAAGAACCUGAAAUGUUCAUUUAUGCCUUUCAUUCCUCAUUCAUAUGCAUUUUCCCACACGUAAAACUAUAAAAACGUGUUUUGUGUUAACAUUUUUAGCCUUUCCGGAAUUGAUUGAUAAAUUUACAUGAUUUCUUGUGGGAAAUUUUGGACCUCCUGGAACAAAUUAAUGACGCUAACCAAGUUUCCACUGUACGGUAAAUAUCCAGGGAGUAACAUCUUUUUUGGUGCAGACCAACAGUUCAGUACAGCGGUGUGCCGAUUUCCCACACGUUACACCUUACAGGUGAGGGAAAGGAAGUGUUCAUUUGUAUUUUUCCUUGUAUUUAUUGGAGAAUUAUGUGCCAGCAGUUUUUCAUGUUUCAUUUUAAAACCCAUUAAAGGUCUUUACAGAAAAGCUGAGCAGUGCUUGUUUUGCAUGCUGUUCCCCAACUGUACAUAAACUGUGCCUUCUAAAGAUAUAAAACGUGGCAAGUAAUUAAUGCAUGUAAUGUGACACACCUAUAAAUUCUUCUGAAAAAACCUCCAAACGGUGCCAAAAACGCUCCAUUUCCAUAAUGUGAGCUGCAUAUUAACCACAUUAAUAUUAAUAUUGUUACGCCCAAGAACUACGUGGAGUGACACCUCGCCACACCACAGCAGCUAGCUACUAGCCGGCUAGCGACUAGCUUCACCACACACUCGCUCACAUGUACCUGUACCUGUUACUAGAAAACCAAAAAAACCUUGUUGGAGGUUUUUGGAGGUGUUUUCAUAGGUGGAAUAGGUGUGUCCUAAUCCUUGCACAUUCGCGAUUCAGCCCGUGCAAAUUUUCAAAUUUUUGGUCAGCGAAGCAAAUUUUUGUACCACCAAAAUCUCAACAGACAAAAGUUUUCUAGGGUGAUGAAUUAUUGAGGCUCAUCUUUGUCCUUUUUGGCAAAUUCCAGCCCGGCCUUCUCUUUCCUUCUUGCUAAUGAGUUGCCGUAGCCUUUCUACUUUUGUUCAUGGAGUCUUCUAUGAAGAGUGUAAUAGGGAUACCUUCACACCUGCCCUCUGCAGGUUGUUUUGGUCUUUCUUGACACCUCUCACAAUGUUUCUGUCAUCAAUUGCUUAUGUUGUCCUUGUCUACUUAUGUUGUUUUCACAUCUAAAUGCAGUCUACACACGCAAAACCUAUCCUACCCAAUCUCAAACUGAGCUUAAGACAUUCACAGUGUUAUUUAUUGUUUGAGUAAGUAAUGUCAUAGGACACAACUGGCAACAAAACAUACCUGAUUUUACAGUUUAUUGCAAACAAGCAUUAAAGUGAAACAGGCUAUUGAUCAGCCGAUCAAAAGUUGAAGAGCACAGCCUUUAAAAGGCAAAAUCUUGGCUGUCAGGUAUUCACACUGUCAUGAGCUCUAGAUGACACAGGCAAACAAGUUUUCUCUCUUUGAAGGCGGUGGGAUUGUUGAGCUGCGUAAGCAAGGCCUCUCGCAGCGCGCCAUGGCUGCUGAGGUUGGACGCAGUAAGACAGUCAUUUCAAAUUUCUGAAACACAUCCUGAGGCUCAUGGAACAAAAAAGUUAAAUGGUAGACCCAAAAAAAUGAACCAUUGGAUCUCAUUGGCUGUCCGUCAAGACACGGGACCAUCCUCGGCCCAAAUGAAGGUUGUUACUCGUGCCGAAUGCAGUCCGAUAAUCAGACUCCAUCUGCCAGAGAAAGCUUUUAAGAAGAAAAAAGAGGUAGAGCACCAAACAUGGAACAUUUGAGAGGUGGAAGAAAGUUGUAUUCUCCCUUGACGGUCCUGAUGGCUUUCAACGUUACUGGUAUGACAAGAAGAUCUCACCUGAGAUGUUUUCCACGCGGCACUAUCAUGAUCCUUCAAUGGAACUUCAGGUUGUGCAGGGGCGGCAAACGGCUAUGUGGAGAUGUUGCAGAGGGCAUCCCUCAUGACCGAAGGCCCUUGUCUGUGUGGUAAUGACUGGCUUUUUCAACAGGACAACACUACACUUUACUCUUUUGGACCAUCCUGCGUGUUCCCCUCAUCUAAAUCCAAUGGAGAACAUUUGGGGAUGGAUUUACAAAAAUGGACAUGAGUUCCAGACAGUGAAGCCAUGUUCACCACCUGGAGCAACAUUCUCACUAGUCUUCCUGGAAACACUGGCAUCAAGAAUGCCCAAAGCUAUUUGGGCAUGCACCUCAUGCACCAAGAAUGGUACAGCUACUCAUUACUCACUCCUUUUUGAUACAUUUUAUUUCCAUUCUAGGGUUUGUUUGUUUUUUAGCUACUUUUGAUCAUCUGAUUCUAUUCUAUUUCACUUUAAUGCUUGCAACAAAUCUACUUAGAACCUCCUUAAGAUCCAACAGUGCAAAAUUUACAUUCUUGCCAUUUGGUCUUAAAGUUGAGAUCAGGGGUGUAUCUUUAG